AUGUACUACUCCUCACAGCAAUACCCCCGAAGAGGGCGUGCCAACUGGCGUGGGUAUCGACGUGGAACACUUGGCCGCUUUCCUCCGCAAGAAGUUGAAGACCUACCCGAGCUACCAUUGGGCCCCUCGAUCAACGAAUACAAUGCCCAUGAAUUUUCAAAAGACAUCACACGAUACAAGUCGAUCGCUCGUAUCACAAACUGCAGCGUAGUCGCUUCUUGGAACUGGACAAAUGCGCGAGCCCCAGAAAUGCUCAUCCCAGGCAAGUCCACAACACUUAUGUGCAUGCCGCCGCGAUGGUCACCUCCCGCGAGAGUUGAACGAUUGCCCCAGGAUAGCGGCGACUAUCUUCGUGACCGCAAUGCUGCCCGGUACCCAGCACAUCCGAUCGAGCCGGCCAUACUAGCCGCGAUGAAAGAGUCCCCGCAGGUAUGUGGAAGCAAUGCAGUCGAUAUUGUCGCUUGCAGCAGCACUCUUGGAAAUCUUCUGCGGUUCAUUCGUGGGGAAGAAAAGACUUUCAGAAUACUCGUGGAGAAAGUUGGGAACACAGUCUUUCUCGUUCGCCGCGAAAGAUCGCCAACGGAAAAGAUCUUGGGUGUCAGAGGUCAUGGCCAUACCUUUCCUGAAGCAUAUACUACGUGGAACCAAGAUGUCAAGUCAUCGACAUCACAUCAGCGAGUUUUGCGAUACACAUUGGGCGGGCUCCAAUGCCUUGUCCGUUUCGAGGCGGACGGAUAUAUUCCAGAUACCACGAACAGUCCGGAGAAACGCACAUCUCAUCUCGAGGUACUUGACCCUUCGCAGUCUACUGCUGCAGCUCUGACGUCUGCCUUCAAUACGGUGGGUGUUAGCGAGGUACAGCCAGCCAAUACCGGCGACAUUAGUCUCAAAAUCAAACAGGCAGGAGCCAGCAUCCCCCAACAGCAGAUCUUUGAUCUCAAGACAAGAUCAGAAUGGAAAAGGGAUCAAGAUACGACCGCUCAAGAGCUACCGCGGCUUUGGCUGAGCCAACUUCACAAGUUCAUCUUGGCACACCACAAAGAUGGGGUCUUCAAUGAUGUCAAGAUACACAACGUUCGCGACAAAGUCUUGGAGUGGGAACGCGUCAAUUCGAAUGCCAUUUCAAGAUUCCUCUCGCUCGUUCGUCGCAUCAUGGACACGGCCGAGGAAGUCGAGCAGGGGAAAUUUGAAGUCUGUCAUAUGAAGGACCAUUUGGGACUCCUCCGAUUCCGCCACCAGCUUCCAGAUGCUGGUAGUGCACUUUCUCCGACGGUACGAGACAAAUGGCUCACCCUGAAUGAGAAAGAUGACAGUGAGACUUCAGCGUCUGAUGAGUCAAGCAUCGAGGCUAUCCUGUGGGACGACGAAGGUGUGGACUACACAGCUUGCUCGGCAGUGUGCGGAUAUUGCGGGCACUGUAACACAGUCAAGGCGUACUGA